AACUUCGGCCUGAAUCUGGACAAAGGGGCAGUUCCAGGAUUUUGUUUUCACAAAUGAAAUGUCACAUUAUUACCUUUUUCUAUUUUUACUCUUGAGUGAAGGUUGUGGUUUUAAACUCUUCUUCUUUAUGAGCAUAGAAUGCCACUAACUCCUCACUGUGCUUACACCAUAUAUAUCUCUACACAACCUAAUUUCCCUUUAGGGGUGAAUAAAGUAAUCUAUCAUAUAUAAGAAUUGUGUUAUAGUGCUAUUGAUAAAAAUCAUAUUGUGAUGAUUAUUAAAAUUGUUGUGUUGCCCAGCCCUAGUUUUAGCAUAAAGCUGCCAUCACACACGCACCAAACCUUUCGAGAUAUCAUACUAUGACUAUUAUUUGGGGAUCACACUGUUUAUUAGAAACUAACUGAAGUGUAGUUUUCUGCCAUCACACUCCGGUCCAGGAGGUGGCGAUACUGCGCCCUGAAGCUAGUUCGCCAACACAAUUCAAAGAAGAGAAGGAGGAGAAGUCGCGGACCAAUCGUGUGCCUUCUUCGUCCGCGACUCAAACUUCUGAACCGCAGCUUUUACCUUAGAAUUAGAUUCACACUUUUCUCACAAAUACACAUCGCGUCGGUUAUGGUGUUUAUUUAAUUUGAUAAAACCAACGGGUGCGAGUCACAGCUGUGUAUUUUGUUGGGGAAACGAGCUAGCAUCAGCCACUGUUUACUUUCAUGGAGCCUCACCUCGAACGACCCGUGUUUCUGAGAGACUGAGUUUGUUUCAGCUUGGCUUUGUGUAAAUGGUUGCUCGACCCGAAGAUGGAGGUGGCUGUGAAAGCGAAGGCCAAGAGGAGACACCUGAACACAAACGAGUGUGAUGAACUGGGACAGAGCGCAGAGGGCACUAAUGCCCUUACCCAGCCCCACACCUUGAACCAGGGGCAGGGCAACUGUGACCCCAAUAGGUGGCUUUACCCCAGAACAACCAACAAGCGACAGAAGUGUGGGAUGGUCUCACAGCCUCAGCCCAAGGAAGAGGAGGAAGAAGAGUUUGAUGAGAUUGACGACGUCAGCCUCCUUGCUGCAGCAUACUUUUCAGAGUCUCAGGAAAAGGACGAGGAGCAGGAGGAGGUUGACGAUUCCUCCCUGCUAGCUGCUGUGGGGGUGCCAGAGGUUGAGGAGAAGGUGGAUUAUCUGGAGGGAAUGACGGCGGAAAUGUUUGGGGUAGAUGAUGACUUUGAAAUAUGUGACAGAGACAAUCACAACAAGGAAGAGGAGGUGGAGGCCCUUCCUGAUGCUCACUAUGGGCUUGUAGGCAGCAGCAAGGUCCUGCUGCAGCCCCAGGGCUGCAUCGAUGACCUUCCAGAGGAGGUGCUGAGGCAAGUGUUGUGCUACGUUCCUGCCCAGGACCUCUACCGCAGCAUCAGCCUCGUCUGCCAGCACUGGAGGAGCAUUGUCCAGGACACCAAGUUUUUGCCCUUCAAGAAACAAUACUACCGCUACAUGAUGAGAGAGAAGGAUACAGAGCGAGAGAUGUUGUCCAACCUGAGGGACAGCGGCAUAACGGAUCCAGCAUUGUCACAGCACAGCAUACGACACCUCGUUGUUUUAAUGGCUCAGCAUAAGAUUGGAGAGGGGGUGAGUCCCAAGGACGUCCUGGUGUCUGUUAAGAAACAUCGCCUCUUUCCUCAAGCUGAGGCCUCCAUCAGAUUACAUAUUCCUGAUAUCCAGAAGUACUUGAACCAUGGCUUUGAGGGUCCCAACCCAUGUGCAGCCAUGGCGAUCAUAUUGAUCCUAAGUGAAAGUGUUGGUGACGUGCAGGACUUGGUGUCUCUGCUCUCCGGAUGCAUGUCGCACAGCGCGAUUACAGAGUACCUCAACCACAUGGCUUUGAUGUUGCUGGCUUUAGAGAGAAGUAAAAUCCAGAUAAGUAACAGGUUGCAUUACAAUAUCUACUACGUGCUUCACCUGAUGGAGAACGGGCCCUUUUCUGUCGGAUCCAGUCAGAAUGGGCGGCCUCAGUUUCAUCUCACCUGUGAACAGCAGAACAUCCUCAGUCACAACAUCCAGGGCGACCAUGUGGUCAAGAUCAUUGCUUUCGCAGGUACAGGAAAGACGACCACUUUGGUGAAGUAUGCCGAGCAGCGCCCCCACAUCCGCUUCCUGUAUGUGGCUUUCAAUAAGUCGGUGGCAUGUGAGGCAGAGCGCCGCUUCCCCAAGAAUGUAGACUGCAAGACCAUCCACUCAUUGGCCUUCAAUGAUGUCGGGCAGAUGUAUCGCAAUCAUCAGAAGCUGACCUUUAACUUGAAGCCGUUCACCAUCAGCUCUGUGCUGCCUAAAGGCAGAGGCGGCUUUACCAAGGCCAAAGUGGUGACCACGACUCUCAACACAUUUAUGGCUUCAGCAGACGCGACCAUCACCACCAGCCAUGUCCCCGACACCCACAAAAAGACAAUUAUAAGCAUUGAUGAAAAACUGUUGGUUGUCCAUGAUGCGCAGAAGAUCUGGAACAAAAUGAAAGAUCUCAAUGAAAAAAGAGAUCAGGCAUACUACAUGACCCAUGAUGGUUAUCUCAAAUUAUGGCAGCUCCAAUUCCCAAAACCCCGCCUGUCUGACCAGUACGAUGUCCUUCUCAUCGAUGAGGCCCAGGACUGCACUCCAGCCAUUAUGGACAUGCUGCUGUCUCAGCAGUGUGGGAAGAUCCUGGUCGGAGAUCCUCAUCAGCAGAUCUACACCUUCAGAGGAGCUGUCAAUGCUCUGCAUGUUGUUGACCACACACACAUCUACUACCUGACACAGAGCUUUCGGUUCGGUGCGGAGAUCGCCUACGUGGGCGCUACCAUCCUCAAAGUGUGUAAGAGAGUCCAGAAGAUUCUCGUAGGAGGCAACCAGAAGGGUGGUGUGUGCGACCAGACUGCAGUCGAGGUCUUAGAGACUGUGAGAACGGGUAGAAGUCCUUACCCGGGGAAGACGGCCAUCUUAUCGAGGUGCAAUUACGGUGUGUUCAUUACAGCUGUCAGCCUGACAGAUGUCAACCCGCACUGCCGGAUCCACUUCAUAGGAAAUGUUGAAAACAUCGGCCUGAAUAGGAUCCUGGACAUCUGGCGGCUGAUGGAAGAGCCAGACCAAGAACCAAAAUUCUUCACGGAUGGCCUAAUUCGCUGCUUUGCAAAGAAAAAUCGCAGUUCCUUCUACGCCCUGAAGAAAUACAUCGAACAGACGGAGGACUUGGAGCUGGGGGCCAAAGUCAACAUCGUUGAAAAAUAUAGGAGUCGAAUUCCCCAACUGGUGAAGCGACUGGACACCUGCUUCGAAAAAGACUUUCACAAAGCAGACUUCAUAGUUGGAACAGUCCACAAGGCUAAAGGUUUGGAGUUCGACACUGUAAUGAUCAGCGAUGACUUCGCCAAGGUUCCCGCUUCUGCACACAAUCUGCGCUACAAUCACAACUUCAAAUUUUCAAACAUUCCUGACGAUGAGUGGAACCUUCUGUAUGUGGCGGUGACUCGGGCCAAGACAACGCUGAUCAUCACCAAGAGCGUCUACCACAUCCUCACAGUGGCCGGGGAAUACUUCUUUAAGUCGGAAAUGCCCAACUCCCUGAUGAAGGAGGGCGAGGCUCUGCCGUGCUCUGUCACAAACUGUCCCAACUGCAUCACGCCAGGCUCAGCCUUCAUCAUGUCCAAACAACAGAUGAAAUGUGCUGAUGGCGUGUCAGACGGCGGCCCGCUGUGUGAAAAGUGUGUGUGGAUACGCAUCGGACCUACAGCCUUCCUCAUGACUGAAGACGUUCUCUCAAUGGCUGGAAUACCAGAACAACUUGGUCAGCCGUUCUUCGUUGUUAACUAAAAUUUGUUAGUGACCUUCAGUGCACUGUUCAGGGUUAUGAACAGAGAGUAAAAAGGGAAGGUGCUCUCCAGCGAUCGCUGCUGAAUGACUCUGCCACGUGAUCUUGUUCUCUGUGUUUAUUUCUCUGUGAGAUAAAAAGGUUUUUAAUAUAAUGUACAGUUGAGAUUUUCCAGCCAAUGGCAUCCAGUGAUCCUCAGGAUGACUGACAGUAAAGGAGCAAUGUGUCUCCAUGCAAACAUCGACUAAAAACAUUAAUCUGCUGGCAAAUGUGCUUGCAAGUGUAUUUAUUUCCUCUGUUUGUAUCAAGUAACAUUUCACUGUUCGUGUUUCAGCAUUAACAAUCCUCCACUCCUGUGUGUACAGUGGCAUCCUCUGCCUGUAGGUCACUCUAUUCUCAACCAUGUUAUUACACGUUUAGAUUGUUUCGACUUUGAGCUCCUGAACUCUUGGUUUCAGUCUGCAGAAGAUUGACAAGAGAAUAAAACAGG